GGAGCCCGUUUCGAAUUUAAGUUGAAACUAGACACACACAGAGUGUACAAAACAGAGUGUGAAAACUCAAGGCAGAAAAGAGUUGAAACGUCUUCCUUUUGUUUUCCUUUGCUACGGGAGUGCACAGCAUGUCCAAUAUGCUCGACAACUUUCUCUCACGGAAUUUGCUGAACCUCGCCCUGGACGAUGCCUUCUCGUCACCAAAGUCUCCAUCAAAAGUCUCUGGACCCAGUCGAUUGAACCGCUCUGUCUCGUUCCUCAUCCCCCCUUCCUCCUCCUCCUCCUCUCCGACCUAUAGCCCCAGCACGGAACAGGUUAACAAUGGCGAUGACAGCACUACCUUCUGGCCUGACAAUAUAUGGAGUCAGGCCUCUCUCACCAAACAGCAACAGCUCCCCUUCAGGCCUGAUCGCUCCAUGAGUCUGACCGAGUCCAGCACCACCCUUCUCUCUUACUGUAGCCAGCUGAAAGACCUGGAUGCCUUCUCCUUGGCUCCUACUACUACUACUCUGGCUCCCCCGCCGGGCUUCCCUCCGUCCUCCUCUCUGGCCACCCAGAUACAGCCCCAGACGCUGCUCCCCUCCAACCGCUAUAAGACUGAACUCUGCCGUGGCUUUCAGGAGAGCGGCAGCUGCAAGUACAGCAACAAGUGCCAGUUUGCCCACGGCGAGGCGGAGCUGCGCGGGCUGUACCGCCACCCCAAGUACAAGACAGAGCCCUGCAGAACCUUCUACAACUUUGGCUAUUGCCCCUACGGGACCCGCUGCCACUUCCUCCAUGAGGAGAAGAGUAGUGGGCCCUUGUCAUCCGCUAAGUUCUCCAACCAGCGCCAGAGUCUCUCCAACGGCGGCCAGAACCCGAGGCACCAGCUCCGCCAGAGUGUCAGCUUCGCCGGUUUCCUGGGCUCGUCCCGGUCCUCUCCUCCGCCCCCCCACUCGCUGUCCUUCACCGAUCCCAACCUGGGAUUCAGCCGCGCUCCUUCCGUUUCUCCUCCCCCGGUCGACCUCCUCUCCCCGGCCCCGGGCGACUCCCUGCAGCGGGAGGCGGCGUUCCCAUUCGGCCACACCCACAGCCGCACCAGCGCCGGGGACGUCCACAACAUUCCUGUGAUUAUGGAGCCCAAGCCUUCCCGCUGCGUGUGCGGGCACGGGGCGCUGAGCGGCGGUGGCGGCCGAGGGGAAGAUGACGCCAAAAGCCAGGAUUCGGGCAGCGUGUUCUCGGGCUCUGGGGGCCACCACGGGGCCUUCCAGAAGCCGGCCGCGCUCCAGCGCUUCUCCUCCGAGGACUCCCUGGAGGACAGCUACAGCAGCAGCAGUGGGGCAUCCAGCGGAAGUGAAUCCCCGUCUUUCGACAGCUCGGCCAACAAGAGGCUCACUGUGUUCGCACGCUUGUCCCUGUCAGACUAGGUUCAACCCGGAUCACAGCAGAUCCAAAGCAGAACUGACAUAUUGGAGAAUAUCUGUGUCUUCUUUUUUUAAUCCAGAACUAAUCUUCCAAAGCGUUGCAGGAUGCAGCAAAUCUUCUCACAGUUCCUGAAUCAUGUUUGUUAGAAGAUAGAACUGAUUUUGGAUAAAUGAUAUCGUUUUUGGUACCAAAAUUUCUUGAGAAUCUAUUUUUAUAUAUACAUAUAUCUUUUUUCUAUUGUCUAGCUAAUUGCCUCUUUGUAUGUGGUCUUCCACUCGAAGGCCUGACACCUGAGAAGUGUACUUGGGUGAAGUUUCAUGAAUGAUGCACAAAUCUAGUUUAUAACUGCGUGAUCAAAAAAGUAAUGUUGUAAAUUCUGUACCACCAUGAUUCCCCCUGCCUCACAAGGCUGUGUGCCAUGAACAGUAUAUGCAC